AUGAAGUACAAUGAGCUGAUAACUACUAACAACAUGGUAACUGCAGCUACUGGAGCUACAGCCAUCUAUUUGGUGUCGAAGGCUCUCCUAGCAAUUUUCAGAAGCCCCCCCUACAGCCCCGAUUCAAUGAACUUAGCCAGUCUAUCUUCAGAAUCUUUCUAUACUGUAUCUGUAAAAGCAAGCGUUCCAGGAGAGCUCAGACGGCUUCUGAUGUCCCUCAGUCCCAACCUAGAUGAUGACACCAAAAGGAUGACUCUUCGUAAUAUAACUCAAUGUAUCUACUUGAAGGAAUCUGAGGCAAAUGGUUGCACCAAUGAUGACAUAAAAUUAGUGGCCUCUUUCCUGGAUGAUAAGGAUAAAGAGACUAAAACUGAGACCCUGAACGCCCUCAAAGCCUUCACUGCCAUCUGGAAGUUUAAAAUCAAAAUCCAGGAAUAUGUCCCCAAAAUCAUCGAGACUGUGACAAGCAACUGGGACAACAAUCUGCAAAUAGCUGGUUUGAAGCUGCUGAAUGGGUUGCACAUACCAGACCACACACACACAUUAUUGAGAACACAGCUUACAAACUUUAUGGACAUUCUGCUCACCGCAAACACUUCAACCAAGGUACAAGUUCUCAAAUUUCUUGGUACACUCAUUGAGAAGAAAGACUUCCUUUAUGACAUCAUGAAUUGUCAGGCACCCGCUGACUUCCUGAAUCUCUUCCAGACAUCUCAACCUGGGAAUCUGCUUUAUGAGAUGUUAGUACUUCUGGAACGACUUAGUGAAGGGCGCCAGUCUCCACAGUACCAGUCAAUGCAGUGGGACUAUAACAAAAACUCCCUCCAUGAAAUCAUCUUUGGUGACAAUUCCCGCCUUUCUGAGCGCUUGCUGGCUCUCAUUGUCCAUCCUGAAGAAGGCGUGCAGACUCAGGCUUGCAAAGUGAUCCUCAGCCUGAAGAUAAACAAGGAAGAGAGCAGGAUCAGUAGUGGGCAUACUCUGGGGUCUGAGCCCAGUGCUUACCCUCUUGAAUCCACCAGACAAAGCCAGAUUGCCAAUGCCUCCCUUGUUGACCAGCCUUUAAUUCCAACCACUGAGUCUUCCUCUGAUGCUCCUCACAUUGAAAGUGGUGGCAGCUUUCAGCCUCUCGUGGGCACUGAUGAGACUAGUGGCGGAAGCUUUCACCCUCUCCUGGGCACCAGUGAGACUGGCCAUAGUUUCUCUCCCCUUGAGAGAGCCAAUCAUAGCUUCCACCCCCUUCCGAAUGUCAGUGUGGAGGGCAGUGACCAUGUCCUGGAGGAACCCAUGGGUAGUUUUCACUCUCCUCCCGUUGCUGAGUCAGAAGAAAGUGACAACAGCAUUUGAAUGGGGCAGUU